UAACGGAGUUCCCAGUGGCUGCUCUCUGUGGUGACAGCAUUUAGCCUUUCAUAUGUUUCAUUUUCUGUUUUAUAUUCUUCGCCGUGAAACCCGUGAUAGCUCGGAACCGCUACCGAAUAACGUCUCCGUUAUAAGGUACCUCAGAGCAAACGCGUUUGCUAUGUUUGUGUCACUAGGUUCCUGUUAACCGGCAAUUAAUGCUGAUAGCUAACUGCUAACAGAUAGCAUAGCUAUUUAACGAUUUGGCCGGUACAGGCAGACCUCUUUGUCUGACAGGGGAAGGCGUGCUCUUUUGUUAGGCUUUCCCUUUGUCCAUUCGGGAGAGAGGAACUGUUGGGUCAGGAUUUCACGAUUAUCCGCAGUUCUGAAAGAAUUUAGAAAAUGCAAAUCCCGAAAAAAUACUUCACAGAAGGCCUGAUUCAGUUGACGAUCUUACUCAGUUUGAUAGGAGUUCGUGUGGAUAUCGACAGCUACUUAAGCGGGUACUAUACUCCUCUGACAGAGAUUAACUUGGGUCCUAGCUCGGCUUACACCCAGACACCCUUUCACAAUUUGAGAGAUACUCUUGACGGAUACAGCGUGCACCCAAAAUGUCCCGAGUUGGACUAUUUCUUUGCAAGUCGACGGCUUCUAGACGAGGUGAGGACUCUUGGUUCACCGCGGUUCCCCACGCAGUUGAACGCAUGGCUGGUGCACCAGGUGUCUGCCACUGACAAGGCUGACAGUGGGCCUUCAACCAGCAACAGCACUGACACCAAUUCGGGGUUAGAAAGCCCCGGAGACGAAGCCAGAGAUGUCGGUGAACACCUGCCUGUCAGUGGCCGAGAGGUGUACCAGACAAACCCUGACCUCGGACAAGGGCCUUGUGGCGCUGGAGCCUGCGGGAUUCCUAAAGAGGAGGACAGUGUUAAAGUUAAGGAGGAGGAGGAGGAACCUGCUGCACUCACUCAGCUGGCUCACAGCUCCACACUAGAACAGGAGAGUCUGCUUGAAGGCAUCACUGCUCUGUCCAAUCCAGCACGUCAUCAGCCUCCUACCAUUGAUAUUGACCAGCACUGGAGCAAUUUACUGUCUGUCACAGACCUUGAUGACUUUGACUCCCUUGUCACUGAGCGUCUGUCAGACCUGGACACUGACAUCACCAGUGCCAUCAGCCAGGAUGUCAGUUUGCACGAUGCCAUGGUAACAAGUGCUGGAAGAGCUCAGUCCAGGACGGUCGCCCAGCAGCAAAGAGGUCUCUUACGGCUGGAGUCAACAGGCUCCUCACAGUCAGAUGCUUCACCAGGGAUGGCGCUGGGCCUUGCUGCACUACCCUUCGCCUCAGUAUGUAAUUUAACUGAAAAUGUGCCAUCAAACAGUACUCUGUGCGGCUGUUUGGAUGAGGCAGUGUUUGACCAGAUCAAUCAGCUAGGUUUGGAAGGACUUGGUGCAAUAGACACCCAGCUGAUGGACUGUCUGGACAGCAUAGACCCACAUGUCCUUGAAGACCUGGACUCAGACUCUGGACUGUCCUUAGAGAGCAGCUCUGGAGGCCCAGUUUCUCCAGGGUCCUCCGAGAUGUCAUCGUCAUCCAGUUCAUACUGUGAGGAUGAGUGUGGAGCUACAGGUUAUAGCAGUGAGGUGGACUCGCUCCCCUCAAAAGGCAUCAUGGAUCACAACACAAUGUGGUCACCUGUUGAUCUAAGUGAGAGCGUGUGGCAUGACCACAGCUACUCGUCACCUGCUUUCUUUAACCGACCGCCAGUAACACUGCCCCACAAAAGCAUCAAAGAGGAGCCUCUCAGCGAUGAUGAUGGGCUACAGCUGGAAGAACGGGAGCUGAGCCGCGAUGAGCUGCGCGCCCGUUCUAUGUGCAUCCCAUUCUCCGUCAUGGAGAUUGUCAACAUGCCUGUGGAAGAGUUCCUGGAGGUUCUUGACAGUCACGGCUUCUCCGCAGAGCAGGUGACUCUUCUGAGGGAUAUCCGAAGGCGCGGAAAGAAUAAAUUGGCGGCUCAAAACUGCCGCAAACGCAAGCUGGAUGCCAUCACAGGGCUCCAGGAAGAGGUGGAAAGACUGCAGGCUCAGAGGAACAGACUAUUGAGGGAGAAACAGCUUACAGCCAAGACAAUGGGUGCUGUGGGCCAACAGAUAAAGCAGCUGACCAGAGACGUCCUGGCCCGGCUGAGGGAUGGUUCAGGACAGCCUCUGAACCCAGAGAGAUACACCCUGCAGUGCGGGGCUAAUGGGAGGGUUGUAGUUCAGCCUAUAAGACGGCCUGCUGUCUCCACAUCGGCCGGGAACAAAACAGACAAGAGGAAGAAGGAGAAAAAGCAAUGACCCAGUAUUUCCAGCAGAGACUUGAGCUUUUCAGUGUUUGGAUAGUUCCGAACCUACUUGCCUGACUCUGAUUUUGGGAUCCCCUCCUUUGUUCAAGUGUGCGGAGUCACCACUGUCGGGAGCCAGAAUUGGAAAAAGCUGGAAAAAGAAAAGACACUCGGAACAUAAACAAAUAAAUAAAACAAACCUAUGUAAAUAAAAUGUCUCAUGGGGCAAAUGUAGCUAACACACUGGACAUUCUUUGCCUGUUAAAGAUGGACAAUGCAGAUGGGUGGUUUGAGGGAACAGCUUAGCUGCUGGCAAUGCUAUAUGUCUCUCUUGUGCCUGAUAACGUUUAAGUUGUGCUCUUAUAAUUUUUACAUAAACGUGUAAGCAACGAGACACGUAUAAAAAUCCACAUGGCCAGCAUUGUGACAGUUAUUGGAUAUCUGAGUCCGGGGGAUUGUGUUUCCAGGUAGUCUUGCCUCUCAGUGUGCACCUGUUCUGUAUAAAGAGGAGGUUAAAGAUUGUAUUUAUUAAAGUUUCCUAGGUCCUUGAUGUGCUUACAUGCAUCACGGGAGGACAGCAUCUUUUUUUCUUCAAAAUGGUAACUUUAUCUCAAAGUGAUAAGAAUAUUGCAACAUUACUUAUCUAAUGUUUACACAGUUUGGUUCAAGAUUUUUGAGGGCAUGAACAGUUAAGUAAGAAUCUGAAGUUAAAUAAAAAAAUAAAUACAACUUUUUUAAUAUUACAUGUCAUUAUGACAGAAAGUAUACCAAUGAUUAAAAUUAGAAGGCCUUAAUUUGCAUUUGGAGUGUUUUGGUUAUUGUGUGUGUACAUGAUCCAAGAUGCAUAAUAUCAUAACAAAUAUACUUUAUGAGUCUGCCAUGUUUUAAACCAAUAUUGAACAUUUAGUUUCAAGCACAAUUCGACUAAAUCCCUUUCAUUUCAAGUACUUUUAAGUGUUUGGCAAGAUUAUAUUCUACCUCAAGCCUUAGCUUUUGUUAAUUUUUAGUUUUUUGGGAACUGAAGUGCACUCACUGAUAAAAAUAAAUAAAUAAAUAAAUAAAUCCUUCAUUAUUAAUGUAACAUAAACUACCCACCUUCUGAAAAAAUACAAUCACCAACUCUAUUUAAUAGGUUUGAAUGUGAUUUGGAUGUUGCUUUUUUAUAUAUUUGAGAUUAUCUGAGAGUUGAAUUAAAUAUUGAUUAGAAGUUGCCAUCUUAUUCAUGGGAACACUGCUUUAUUCAGUCAACUGUGUGCGUGAGAUAAAUGGAGCAAGGUGCAUACAUUAGGUAAUCGUUUUCCUUUGUCCUUGUUUGGCCAAGAGUUUACUUUUGCUGUUUGUUUCUUUUUCAAGUUCUGUACAUGUUAUUCUUUGUUGCUGAAGGCAAAUGUGCUUGGUUGCAUGGUGAGUGUUGAAAGAAUGAUUUUGCUUUAAGAGUUUGCUCUUGCAGGCAUUGUUUUUUUUUUCGCAUUAAAGAAAUAAACUGACACUCUUGUUUUUUU